AUGAAGCCGAGUGCGGCCGGGACGGCGAGGGAGCUGGAGCCGCAGGCGCCGGCCCGGGGCGAGCCGCGCGCGGCGGAGCCCGAGGGGCGCUGGCGGGAGAAGGGCGAGGCGGACACGGAGCGGCAGCGCACCCGGGAGCGGCAGGAGGCCACGCUGGCCGGGCUGGCGGAGCUGGAGUACCUGCGCCAGCGCCAGGAGCUGCUGGUCCGGGGUGCCCUGCGUGGCGCCGGGGGCGCUGCGCCCCGCGCUGGGGAGCUGCCGGGGGAGGCGGCGCAGCGCAGCCGCCUGGAGGAGAAGUUCUUGGAAGAGAAUAUCUUGCUGCUGCGGAAGCAGUUGAAUUGUUUGAGGAGAAGAGAUGCUGGUUUGUUGAAUCAGUUGCAAGAACUUGACAAGCAGAUAAGUGACCUGAGACUGGAUGUAGAAAAGACAUCUGAAGAGCACCUGGAGACAGACAGUCGGCCCAGCUCAGGGUUUUAUGAGCUGAGUGAUGGGGCUUCAGGAUCCCUUUCCAAUUCCUCUAACUCGGUCUUCAGUGAGUGUUUAUCCAGUUGUCAUUCCAGCACCUGCUUUUGCAGCCCCUUGGAGGCAACCUUGACUAUCUCAGAUGGUUGCCCCAAAUCUGCAGUGGAAGAGGCCCUGCGGCGGUCGCGGCGCGGCCGGCGCGAGCACGUGGGGCUGUACCCCGCCGCCGUGCCGCUGCCCUACGCCAGCCCCUACGCGUACGUGGCCAGCGACUCGGAGUACUCGGCCGAGUGCGAGUCGCUCUUCCACUCCACCGUGCUGGACACGAGCGAGGACGAGCGCAGCAACUACACCACCAACUGCUUCGGGGACAGCGAGUCCAGCGUGAGCGAGGGGGAGUUCGCGGGCGACAGCACGAGCUCCAGUGACUCCGAGGAGAGCGGGGGCCUCAUCUGGUCCCAGUUCGUGCAGACUCUCCCCAUCCAGGCGGUCGCAGGCCCAGACCUCCACGGCAACCCCACGAAAACCUUUGUCAAAAUCAAGGCUUCCCAUAACCUCAAGAAGAAGAUCCUCCGCUUUCGGUCCGGCUCCCUGAAACUGAUGACGACCGUUUGA